UAUGUGUGAUCAUGCACAAAGCUGCUGGAGGACAGAGAAGGAUGUCAAGUCCCCUGGAACUAGACUUACAGGUGGUUUUGUGAGCUACCAUAUGGUUCCUGGGAACUGAACUCAGCUCCAAUGUAAAACAAAAACAAAAACAAACAAACAAAAAAGCAGAGGAACAAAACAAAACAAAACAAAAAAUCCCUCAAAUCACCACUUCCGUAAUACAAACACAAAAACACAAACAAAAGCCCACAAAACAAAACAAGCUGCUUCCAAGGGUCUUUGACAAAGGUUUAUAAGUGAGGGAGGCUGGACAGCUUGGCUGCUUGCCUAGAAGCCUGGCUGUGCUGAGAUGUGUCUGUUUCUAGUAGCUCAGCACCUCAAAUGAAAAGAAAACAGAGCUGGAAAAGAGGAAGUACCCAUCCGAUGAAAAGUAAGUUUGGGUUUCUCCAAGUGAGCCAGUGCGUUAGUGGCUGCCUUUGCUGGCAUCUGGAUUUCAAGCACUCAGGGAACCGACCGGUACGUGGGCUGAUACCGUAGUCAGCAACUGGCAGCUUCGAAAGGUUCCUUGAAUUGGGGACCUUCUUUCUCUCCUGCGGGAAGAGAAGUCAGCCAGCUUUGUUAUCUGUCCCACUCUGUAGCCAGCCUCCAGGAGAUCUACAGACUCCCCCUCUGCUUCCUGCCUUUGCUUUAUUUAAGGAAACUUUUAUUCACUCAUAUCAGGGGUUGGCUGGAGAGAUGACGGCUCAUCAGUUACAAAUAGGGACUGCUCAUGCCGAGGACAGACGUUGAUUCUUAGCACUUUCAUCCAAUGGCUCACAACGAUCUGUAACUCCGGCUCCGCGAAGUCCAAUGCCCUCUUCUGGCCUUUGAGAGCAUUUCCAUGUAAGUGUAGACAUUCACAUAUAGAUACACACACACACACACCAGUGACAGGAUAUAACCCAAAGCAUCUUUUGUUUCCUUUCCUGAUAUCUAGAUAGAUAUGUCUGUCUGUCUGUCUGUCUACCUACCUACCUAUUUAUCUAUCUAUCUGUUUGAGAGAAGGUCUCUCUCUACAUAGCCCUGGCUGUCCUGGAACUCACUAUGUAGAUGAGGCUAACUGUGAACUCACAGAGAUCAGCCCACUUCUGCCUCAUGAGUGCUGUGAUUAAAGGUAUAUGCUUCUGUGCCUACAUCCUUCCUCAUUUUUUUUUUUCCGAGACAGGGUUUCUCUGUGUAGCUUUGUGUUUUUCCUGGAACUCACUCUGUAGCCCAGGCUGUCCUCGAAUUCACGGAGAUCCUCCCAAGUGCUGGGAUUAAAGGCGUGGGCCGCCGCCACCACCGGGAUUAUUCUUCCUCAUUUUAUUCUCUCUGUUCUGUCUACCUUUUACAUAUUCAUACUUUUGUUUGUUUGUUUUUCCAAGAUAGUGCUUCUCUGUGUAGCCUGGGCCAUCCUGAAACUAGCUCUGUAGACCAGGCUGACCUUGAACUCACAAGAGAUCUGCCUGCUUCUGUCUCUGGAGUGUUGGGAUUAAAGGCGUGCACCACCACCGCCUGGCUACAUAUUCAUACUUUAUAUUUUAAGAUCCACUUAAAGCUGGGCCAUGGUCUUUAAUCCCAGCACUCGGCACUUGGGACGCAGAGGCAGCCUGGUCUACAGAGUAAGUUCCAGGACAGCCAAGGCUACUCAGAGAAACCUUGUCUCGAGGGAAAAACCAACAGCAAAAAAACAACAACAAAAAGAGGAGUAGGGCUCCGAUGGGUCGUAGCCGUAGCCGCUCCGCGCGGAGGGAACGUAGGCGGAGGCGGUCCAGGUCCACAUCACGGGAUGGAGAAAGAAGGCGCCAAGGAAGGUCCGGGUCUCGGGAGAGGGAUCACAGAAGGAGCCGCUCAAGAUCCCCACACCAAAGACGCUCCAGGUCUCCAAGGCGACAUAGAUCCACAUCUCCUUCCCCUUCUCGACUGAAGGAAAGAAGAGAUGUGGAGAAGAAAGAAACUACAAAAGUAAAGAGCGAAGAACGUCCAAUCACUGAGGAGAAUCUGGAGGGUAAGACAGAGAAAGAAAUAGAAAUGAUGAAAUUAAUGGGGUUUGCUUCUUUUGACUCCACAAAAGGGAAGAAGGUAGAUGGCUCUGUAAAUGCCUAUGCCAUAAACGUGUCUCAGAAGAGGAAAUACAGGCAGUACAUGAAUCGGAAAGGCGGAUUCAACAGACCUCUGGAUUUUAUUGCAUGAGACUUGAGGUGUUGGAGAAUUCCCCCCUCAUCUGGGUCAGAGAGUAUUUUAUAUUUUGUAUUUAGUACACCUCCAAACAGGAUCUUGGUUCUUCUGUGAAGGCCUAGACUUAACUUUACAGGCUCCAUCUUAGGGAAAGGGCCACCAUCUCAGACCACCUGCUGUACUCAGUUCCAGAAAGGACCUCAGGAUUGUGCCAUGGCAACCGGAACAGAUACAGAGCAGUAUCCUCCUGCAGACAUCCUGUCUGUAGUUUAGGCCCUUGAAGAUAUCUAGAUAAUCUUGCUGAGCAGUUCAGAUAAUCCUGUUCAGCAGGUUGUGGUUCCCCGCCAAAAGUCUAACCCAAUGGUUUCAAAUGUGGUUUUGCACCCAAAGUCUAGACCAAUAGUUUCAAAACAUCACCUUGCGCCAUAUCCCUUCUACCCAAUCCCAAGUUGCCAAUUUCUGGCUUGUGGUUUUUCCCUAUAAAAACCCUCUAGACCUGGGCUCAUGACCACCUCCAUUUUCUUCCAUCUGCCAUGUGGUGGCCCAGGUUGAACCUGACAAUAAAAGGACCCAUAUGUGCUUGCAUCGGAAACCAGCUCCUUGGUGGUCUCUGGGGGUUUUGAGAUACGGGUACAACACUUCCUUCCUAUAAAGUAAGGAAGUCUUAUUUAUGACACCCAGUGUAUUUACUUUCCUCAGGAGGUAGGUAGCACUUUUUAGGUGGUGUCCCUGCGGUGGCUACAGCCCGUUUGUCUUGUUCCUUUGAACCUGUAUGUGCUUUCUUUCUGGAUGCUUGUUAGGAGGGUUUUUGUUUUGUUUUGUUUUAAUAUUUUUUAAAACUUUAUAUGCAUGGGUGUGAAGGUGUCAAAUCCCCUGGAACUAGAAUUACAGACAGUUGUGAGCUGCCAUGUGGGUGCUGGGAAUUGAACCCCGGGUCCUCUGGAAAAGCAGCCAGUGCUCUUAACCGCUGGGCCAUCUCUCCAGGCCCUUGUUAGGAGUUCUUAAAAACUGAAAGUAACUUAGAUAUGAAUUUCUCCAAUAAAACUGUAUUUCUACCCAUUUAAAAAGCAAAGCAAAAUAAAACAACAAAAACAAAACAAAACAAAACAAAACAAACAAACAAACAAAAAAACACCCUAUAUCGUUCCUAGAUCUCAACAGCUUCUUUGAAACUUUGCCUUGGCCAUACUGUCUGAACUUAACUAUAGAAUGCCUUUUCACUUUUUUAAAAAAUUAAUUCGUCAGACAGUGGAGGCACACACCUUUAAUCCUAGCACUCGGGAGGCAGAGGCAGGCAGAUCUCUGAGUUCGAGGCCAGCCUGGUCUCCAAAGCGAGUUCCAGGAAAGGCGCAAAGCUAGACAGAGAAACCCUGUCUUGAAAAUAAAUAAAUAAAU